GUAACGAGUCUGCUCUCCUGGACUGUAGAAGCUCAGACUCAGAUAGAAACACCUGCUCAUCUGGCAAAGCUGUUGGACUCACCUGCUCAGAUCCUGUCAGGUUGGUGGGAGGAUCCAGUCGCUGAACUGGAACACUGGAGGUGAAACGAGGAGGCUGGAGACCAGUGGAUGGCUCUGACUGGACUCUGAAGUCAGCAGCUAAAGCCUGUGAAGACUUGGACUGUGGCUUUGCUGUGUCAACAGGAAUAAGAAAUGAGUCCAUGCGAACAUCUACAUGGAAGAUCAAUCCUCAUUGUAUUCAGGCUGGAUAUACUCUGAGGGAGUGUGUCACAUCAGGUUCCUCCUCUUCCAUCCUGGAGCUCACCUGCUUAGAGCCUUUCAGGUUGGUGGGAGGAUCCAGUCGCUGUGCAGGAACACUGGAGGUGAAACAGGGAGACUGGAGACCAGUGGAUGGCUCUGACUGGACUCUGAAGGAAGCAGCAGACUCUGUCAGGCUGGUGAAUGGGACUGGUCUGUGUUCAGGACGACUGGAGGUGAAAUCUGGCCAGUCUAACCAGUCGUGGUCCUCAGUGUGUGAAGAUGACUUUGACCAGCAGGAUGCAGAGGUGGUCUGUAGGGAGCUGGGUUGUGGGGCUCCUUCAGUCCUCCAGGGGGCACUCUAUGGAGAAGUGGAGGCUCCAAUGUGGACCAAAGAGUUCCAGUGUGGAGGUAACGAGUCUGCUCUCCUGGACUGUAGAAGCUCAGACUCAGAUAGAAACACCUGCUCAUCUGGCAAAGCUGUUGGACUCACCUGCUCAGAUCCUGUCAGGUUGGUGGGAGGAUCCAGUCGCUGCACUGGAACACUGGAGGUGAAACAAGGAGACUGGAGACCAGUGGAUGGCUCUGACUGGACUCUGACGUCAGCAGUUGCCUUCUGUAGAAACCUGAACUGUGGCUCUGCUAUUUCAGCAGGAAGGAAAGAGGACUCCUCCAACAGAUCUGCAUGGAAGAUCAACUUUGACUGUGUUCACUCUGGAUCUGAUCUGAGGGAAUGUGGAACAUUAUUGUCCUGGUCUUCCUCCACCCUGGAGCUCACCUGUUCAGAUCCAGCAGCUUUUAUCAUCAGAUUGGUCGUCCUGCCGCUGAUUCUGCUGUUGUUCAACACUGUCAUCUAUUUCAUCUUUAAGACCACCAGAGGGAAGAAGCCAGGCCAACAGGAGAACAUCGAGGUGGAUUAUUACAACCUCAGUGUUUUCAGAACUGAAGGAGGAUCGGCUGAAGAGGAAGGAGCCCAGGCAGAAGAGUAGGACCUCCAAAGAGCUCAUCUCACAUCUAAUUAGAUUUCUCACCUGCCAAACAACUAUCCAUCAACUCUGAAGGGAACAUCUGUUUAACUGUCUAAAAUCCUUGUCAAACUGCCAAAGGAAUGACAGCAGGAAGAGAUAACAACAACAAACAAUUCUACACCUCAGCAUUCAGUGCUAAUGUAGGCACUGUUAAGGGGCAAGGCGGCAAGUAGGGGCAUGGAGGUCAGUGUGGUGGAUUGGCAUGUAGCGUGUCUGACGUUAAACCAAACAACGCCCACAUAUCCUUUACCUUAUUAACCAAGUUUUUAAAAUUGCCUAAAGGACCUCUUCUUGGCCUCUGGCUCAGACAUCUACUUGAAAACUACAUGCCCCAAAAUUAUAGUAUAGUAUAGUUUAUAGUAUUUCCUGCAGCUACAAGGUCUUUAUAGAUUAGGGACUGUUUAUUCUUUAUGAGGGUGGAUGGGGAAGACAAAAAGAAAGGCAAACAUGCUAGACUUUCUGUCUGUUUUCUUCUGGCAUCGCCUACCCAGAUUUGGUCAGAGUCAUGUCAGAUCAUCUGGAUUAAGUCAUGUCAGGUCAUCUACGCUGCUGAGGGACAGGCAUGUCACAUUAUUUUUUAAGCACUGGUGAGGGACUUGUGUUUUUAUUUUAUUUUGGAUUAGAGGA